UGCCAGAAUAUAAUUACCCCUGCCUCCCUCCCCGUUUCCGUUUUAACAUGCCGUUCCCGGGGCUACCGCAUCUGCUGCUACUGCUGCUUCUGCUCUACCCGGGGAUGUGGGGAUCCCCCUUCUCCCUGCGGAUUGAACCCCAGGAGGCCGUCGUGAGGACAUGGAGCUCCCUGCUCUUCAACUGCAGCUCGGACUGCCCCAAUCUGGAGAAGCUGGGGCUUGAGACGUCCCUGCACAAGGCUGUGAAUGCCAGCGGGACGCACUGGCGGACAUACGUUGUGAAGGCGGGUGCGGACCAAGGGCGGGUGCUCUGCUUCGCCAACUGUAAUGGGACCCAGAUGCAGACCGAGGUCAACAUCACCACCUACGAGCCCCCAAAGCACGUGAAGCUGGUGCCACCGCAAUACUGGCUGUCCAUGGGGGCCAGCUACACCGUGGGCUGCCGGGUCGUGGGGGCAGUGCCCUUUACGAGUCUCACUGUGGUGUGGCUGCGGGGGACUCGGGAGCUGGGGCACCAGAGUUUCCAGGAAAAGGCAUCCGAGUUUCCAGAGUUCACGGCCAAUUUCACAUCCCUGGCCCACAGGGAGGACCACGGGGCCAAUCUGUCCUGCCGGGCUGACUUGAACCUGACAAACUUGGGCCUCGAAAUCUUCCAAGGCCAUUCGGAGCCCAUCCGGCUCCGCGUCUUUGAAUUCUUGAGUCUCCCCAGGCUGAACCUGUCUGAGGUCAACGGCACCUGGCUCCUGGAGGCCGAGUCUCCAAAGUCUGUGAGCUGUGAGGCUGAGGUGUUCCCCGUCGAGGAGGCCCAGGUCUACUUAUCCCUGGGAGGCCAGGCACAGAACAUCACAGUCACUCGGCAAGGAGAUCGGCUCACGGCCGAAGCCACCGUUUGGGCUGAGAAAGGUCCGAAGCGGGAGCUGGACCUGAACUGCACCGUGGCUGUGGGGGAUGAGAGCCGAACGGCCCACAAAACCCUGACCGUCUACAACUUCCCCCUUCCCAAGAUGACCCUCAGCGAGCCGAGCCCCCUGGAGAAGACCCCCGUGAAUGUGAGCUGUACGGCCCGGCCCGGCACCUCAGUGAAACUGGAGGGGCAACCAGAGCAGUCCCCUGGAGAGCCUGCCUAUCUCGAGCUGAUUGCCCGGGGGCAGGACGAUGGGCGCUUGCUGUCCUGUGAGGCCACCUUGUCGCUGGGAUCUGUGCAGCUCGUCAAGCGCCAGAACAUCCGGCUCCACGUCCUCUACGGACCGCGGAUGAAUGCCUCGGACUGCCCGGGGAACUGGACGUGGCCGGAGGGGACGGAGCAGGUUCUACGUUGCCAGGCCCGGGGAAACCCGACCCCGACUGUGCAGUGUAUCCAUACUGAGAUCAAGAGCACGUUCUUCCCCGGGACCCCGCUGCAGAUCACCCGAGCUCACGCCGGCACCUACCGCUGCAUAGCCAGAAGUGAACUGGGCACCGAGGCCAGGGACGUGGUCGUGACCGUGGACUUCAACGAUGUGAAUGUGGUCGCCAUCGUCACCGUGGUGCUUGUGAUCGGGGUCAUCGCAGCUGGACUGGGGAUCGCAGGCUACAGGCACUACAGACAGCCGCGGAUUGGCCUCUACCAGGUGGAGAAUUCCCAAAGAUGGGCUAUGAACAAAUUACCCAAAAGGGACAUGAUGAACCCUCAGCCUCCCUGCCUCUCCAACUCCUAGCCUAUAGGUCCAUAAUCAGCCCCCUAUCCAUAAACUGCUUGAAAUGAAAGCUGAAGUUCUUCCUCCUAAGCCAUGCAGCUCGACUGCAGCCAGCAUCCCAUAGCCCUGGGGUCCCACGGGAUUCCUGCCUGAUGGCUGCCAGCAGAACCCCCAGAACUGAUUCUAAUUCCAGUUCCACCACCUGUCUGCUGUGUGACCCGAGUGAGUCACUUCACUUCUCUGGGUCUCAGUUACCGCAUCUAAAAAAUAGGGAUUAAUACUGAGUCCCAUGUGGUAUUUGGACUGUGUCCAAGCUGAUUAGCUUGUAUCUUCCCCAUUGUUUAGUACAGUGCCUGGUACAUAGUAAGUGCUUAACAUAUACCGCUCCCCCUUCCCCCCACCCCCCAAAAAAACAAAACUGGUCCCACACCUACAAACACUUCAGAGCCCAAGGCUCAAGUUGGGGACUUGGAAAUGUGCGGUCUUUUUGCAAAUAAAAUGUGCCACUGUAUUCA